AUAUAGGAACUUUUUUUUUUGUAUUUUGUAAAAAAGUGUCAAUCCCAGGACAUAUUCUAAUGGUGGCAUUGUGAACUGUGACUAUGGCUAACAGAGUGACCGGUACAUGUUGCACCGCUUCCGUGGAGCGGGCUGGGCUGCCUGGUCUCCUACGAGAUCUGCAGCGACUCUCGGAGGACCAGGACUCUGCCGACAUCGUGUUCAUUCUGGGAACUGCUGAGGAAAAGGUCUAUGCGCACAAGAUAAUCUUGAUAGCCAGGUGUAAAAGCUUUCAAAAUACGAAGCGUGGGGAGGUAUGCCGAAUCCCUGGGUGCACAGUUUCGCCUUCUUCCGGCCCGCAACCAACACCGAUACGCAUGCCACACGUGCAACCUGAAACUUUUCGACUUUUUAUCCAAUAUGUAUACACUGGAAAGUUACUACUUCAAGAUUCUGGGGUAUUUGAAAUGAUGACGUUAGCUGCGGACCUAGGCGUAGAAGACCUCCGAGCUGCUUGUGAGGAUCAUGUCACUUCCACCUUGAGUGUAGAGAGUGCUUGUACGCUUCUAGCAGCUGCUAUGGAAAUCCAGGAUAGGCCAGGAGGAAAAAGUGCAUCAUCUUUCAUGGAACGCUGCAUUGCAUUCAUCGGAGACAAUGCAUCUGAUUGUGUCAAGACAAAUUCCUUCUUAAAUCUGCCGAAAGAUGCUCUCAUCAAGCUCAUAUCUUCAGACUUUCUGUACUUGGAGGAGGAAGAGGUGUGGCGCUGCGCGCUGGCGUGGGCCAAGCAGCGCGCCGGCGUGGCGCAGCCCACCGCGCACUGGACGGAGGAGGAGCGCGCGCGCGUCUGCCACCACCUGGCGCCGCUCAUGCAGCACAUGCGACUACUGCUCAUCGACAGCACGGUGUUCGCGGAGGAGGUGGAGCCGACGGGCGCGGUGCCCAUGGAGCUGUCGCUGGAGCGCUACCGCCGCGCCGCGCUGCACGCCGCGCCGCGCCUCGAGCCGCGACACGAGCCCGACAAGCGCACGCAGCCGCGCUUGGCGGUUAAUAUGUUCGCCGGCUCUGUGAUCCUGCAACAAGACAAGAGCUCCUUUCAGUCUCUUAUCAACAGCUGGUGCGGCAACCCGAAGCAGUCGUGGCGCCUGGUGUUCCGCGCCUCCACUCACGGGUUCUCUGCGCAGGCCUUUCACUCUCACUGCGACGGAAUCGCGCCGGUGCUGGUGCUCGUGCAGCCGAGCCGCGGCGCCCCGCUGGGCGGCGUGUGCGCGGCGGGCUGGGCGGCGGGCGCGGCGCCGGGCGCGGGCGCGGGCGCGGGCGCGGGCUACGUGAGCGCCGAGCGCGCGUGCCUCUUCGCGCUCACCGACCCGCCCGCGCUCUACCCGCUCACCAAGAAGGCCUUCGCGCUCUGCUAUCAUCCCGACUGCGGGCCGAUCUUCGGCGCAGGCGCGGACCUGUUCAUCUCCAGCAACUGCCACGCCAACAGCGACAGCUACAGCAACCUGCACUCGUACGGCGACGCCCUGGCGCCCGCCUCGCUCGCGCCCGACUACAACUUCACCGUGCGCGACUACGAGCUCUUCACGUACAGCCACAACUGACAACGACGAAAAUAUAUUAUUUGAAUUUUUUAUUAUAUAAGUAUUAUUGUAAUAAUUUUGUACUAAAGAUGAAUGAUCUGAGCUCAUUGCAUUCAGUUUCUGGUUCGCGAUACUUGAACAUUUGGAACAUUCGAAGAUUCAAACCAUGGGAGUUAUGUCUUGGCUAGAAAAAAUAAACCAAUUUGUAAACAACUAUUUUAUGAAAUAAAAUGUCUAUGUAAAUGCGGACUGAAAAUCUUAUAGA